GUGCUGGCACCCGUGACAGCAUCUGGGGUUGUGCUGGACUCGCCUGAAGCCUCCAUGCUCCUUAGCACGCUCGCCAUCGCCUCGUGUAACACCGAGUGCUCCCUGCCAUCCUUCGUCCCGGUACACGACCCCUCCCGCAAGGCCUUCAUUGGCUUCCAGCACGGUCCCCGAGCCACCCGCACUGGUGCGGGCUCAGGCUCGGGCCGAGGCAUGCGGUCAGGUCCGGGCGCGGGAGGAGGCACGGUGGGAGGGGUGGGCGCGGGGGGCGUGGGCGACUACCUGUUUCACUACGAGGCGGACCGCAUCACCAGCAACGUGCCUCAGAACCUGCUGUCUCUCGACGGCCUUUACUACCUCUUUGCGUUCAAGCUGGUAAAACAGGGUUGGGCGCGGGUGGGGGGGUGGGGGGCCGUGGGCGACUACCUGUUUCACUACGAGGCGGACCGUAUCACCAGCAACGUGCCGCAGAACCUGCUGUCUCUUGAUGGCCUUUAUUACCUCUUCGCAUUUAAGCUGAUAGCAGAGCUCCCCAGCACCGUAGCGUCGGUGUCCCCUGACGUCACCGUGGCCAUGCGCAUCCGCUAUCGCCUCCUCUACUGGGGCUCCCCAUUCAUCCGUAUAGCAGAGCUCCCCAGCACCGUAGCAUCAGUGUCCCCUGACGUCACCGUGGCCAUGCGCAUCCGCUACCGCCUCCGCUACUGGGGCUCCCCGGACGCGCCCCCGCCCUCCAAGACCCGCCCAGCAGAAGCAGGCGCAGGCGCGGGGAGCGAGGAGGGCGCAGGCGCAGGGGUGGAGGAGGAGGACGAGUUCUGGGGGCAGGAGAGGGCGUGGGACGAGGGCAUGGCGUGGAGUGUGUGGCACUCGGUGGACGAUCCGGUGAAGGGGUUUGAGCUGGUGGCCACGUGGAAGGAGCUCAGGGCGAGUAGUUCGUCAGGCAUGGCCCAGAUGGAGCAGCUCGAUGCCACUACCGCGGAUGAGUGGCUGCUGCGCGCACUGCUCGCCCCCACCAGGACUGACUUUGACAGUGACGACCCCCCUCAGGGCUUUGCUGGACGGCUGCAUGCACUGCUGGGGGCGUACGUGGUGUCCACCACAGGCCAGUACAUGGAAGACUUUAUAGCGGCUCAGAACUUUGCGCGGCGCAACAACAUGACCAUCCCGCCGCCCAGUGUCAUGGAGCGAGUGGUCAAGGACCUCUUCCACUCCAGGUCCCGGGGAGAGGGAGCAGCGGGGGCAGGAGCGGAGGGAGGCGGAGCAGAAGGUGCAGGGGGAGAAGGGGUGGAGGAGAAUGGGCUGAGUGGCAAGUUCAAGGGGGCGACGCACAUUGGCAAGGCUGCGCCGGUGGAUUCGCUCUUUUCCCGCCUCGCUCUGCAUGUGCUGCGCUUUGGCACCUGCAACAUCAGAUCCGUGGCUGGAAUUUACUCGCGAGCUGCGGUGAAACUGCCACGGGGAGAGGAGGCGGCUUGUGCAUAUGAUGCGGCUGUGAUCAAGAGGGAUGGCCCAGAUGCCAUGAAUAACGCUACUAUGACACUUGCCGCGUCCCCUCUCGUUGCUCUCUCAUCCCUAACCCUCUGCCCCCUUGCACUCCCUUCUGGCCCUCUUUCAGCUGUGGCGGCGCUGUGGCUGGAGUUCACGCGUGAGCUGAGGUGGAACUGGGAGCAGGCGCUGCCCAUCCCUCGAGUCAUUGCAGACGGGCCCCAACACCGCCACCUGCCUCAUCCACCAGAAGCUGCAGCUGCUCCUGAGCCGCUGCAGGAGUGCAUUAAGCGGCGGCGCAAGCAGCAGGAGCGGGAAAUGGAGGAGCGCAUGCGUCACGCCGAGCGCAUGCACCAAAUCGCCGCCGCCAAGCUUGUAGGCGAGCGCGUGGAGGAGCUUGUAAGGGGUACAGCACUCGACGACGGCCCGGCUCGCGCUGACUCGCCGCCAGGGAGGGGCGGCAGGAGGCGAGGCAGCGGGAGGGAGAGGGGAGGGAGGGGGAGUGACAGGAGGGGUGGGAGGGAUGAGGAGGAGUGGGAGGGGAUGGAGAGGUCUGGGAGUGAAGGAGGCGGCUGGCAUGAUGGAAGGGCGGGCCGGGGGCGGGGAGGACGCGGGUGGGACAAUGGCGACGGGGCGAGCCCAUACCACGACGACAAGACGGCCUCGGGGGACUCGGACACGCACGGGUCGCACGACGUGGCGUUCUAUGAUGAGGGGGGUGUGGCUGAUGGCGACUCGCCUUCCCACCGCAGCGAAGAGGACCUUGAUGAAUAUUUCAGCGAGAGCGACGUAUCGGACGACGACACCUGGGCGGAGAGGGGCCGCACGAGCCACGGCCUCACGGGGGCGAUGGCGAGGGGGCGGCGCCGCGUGCGGAGGCGGGGGGUGGUGGGGCCGGUGAAGGGAGACAUGUGGCUGCUGCGCGUGAGGCGGCGCAUGCUGGAGCCUCACACACAGGACCCGGUGUUCAUGAGUGAAGAUAUGAUCGAGGAGAAGGAGCGAGCCAUGGAGGCUCUGGGGAGCACGCCUGCGGGGGUGGUGGGGCUGGUGAAGGGAGACAUGUGGCUGCUGCGUGUGAGGCGGCGCAUGCUGGAGCCACACACCCAGGACCCGACGUUCAUGAGUGAAGAAUUGAUCGAGGAGAAGGAGCGAGCCAUGGAGGCUCUUGGUAGCGCGCCUGCGGUAAGAAGACAUGUCGGCGUUCAAAGCUGCAAACCCCGGGCAGUGCUAGAGGACUUUGUGCGCUGGCACUCGCCCAACGACUGGCUGCCAAUCACAAGCGCGGAUGAGGGCUCUGAUGACGUGGAUGAUUACGAUGAUGAGUAUGACGAUGGUGGUAGGCGGUACGGGAGGGAUGAUGAUGAUAGGUACGGCCGGGGCGACCGGUAUGAGGAUCGGGAGGACAGGUACAGAAGGGGAGGAGGCAACAGGUACGGAAGGGGAGAGGAGGAGCGGUACAGGAGGGAUGAUAGCCUGAGGGACAGGGAUGAUAGCUUUAGGGACGCGAGUGGGAGGUUCAGUGACAGCGGGAGGUAUGGGGAGAGCGGGAGGGAGAGGGAGAGGGAGAGGGAGAGGGAGGAGGGCAGAGAGUAUGGUGGCGGAGGCAAGAGUUCGAGGGAAGGGGACUCUGAUUUAGACCCGGAUGGAACCCGCGGUGGGAACGAGGAGAAGGAGAGCUCUCCUUCUCGCCGCCGCAGCAGCAGUCCCGGGAAGGACAAGGAGGAAGAAGAUGAGUUUUUUGAAGCGGCUCAGGAAGAGAAGUCUGGAGAUACGGUGGCUGGUGAGGGGCAGGCAGCAGGGGCGGGUGGAGAUGCUGGGAAGGAGGAUGGCGUUGAGAAAGUGGAGGAUGGGGAGAAGGGAGGCGAGGAAGAGAAGGGUGAAGAGGUAGGGGAGAGUGUGGCGGAUGGUGGGAAAGGAGUGGAGAAGGAGGGUGUGAAAGAGAUUGAGGUUGAGGGUGGUUCAGGGGAUGAGCCGAGGGUGGAAGGGAGUAAGAAAGCUGUGGAGAAAGGAGAGAGGGAGGAGGACAGGGACAACAGCGAUAGGGAGAGGGAGAGGGAUGAGAGCGAUAGGGAGAGAGGUAGGGAUAGGGAAGAGCUCAAAAGGAGGGAGGAGGAGAGGGAGAGGCGCGACGACCGUGACGACCGUUACCGAGACGACCGGGACCGGGAUGAUCGUGAUGAUUAUGACGAGCGCGACUGGAGGGACGAUGACGUCAGGAGGCGGGGCGGGCGGCGGGACAGCGAGGAGCACGAGCGUGGCGGGCGCAGGGGCGGGAGAGGAGAGGGGGCGGCAGUGGGAGGGGGCAGUGGGAGAGGUGCUGGUGGGGCCGGUGGGAGCAGGCGGCGGCGGCACCGCGUGGAUGGGUCGGGGUGGCCGCCGAGGGGCCGGCUGUCGGAGCGCAUGGAGGAGGUGCAUGGCAACCUGUGGCGCGAGCUGUGGGACAGCGCUGAGCCUGAACCUGCUCAUGAGCAGAGGCCUAUUUUCCACUUCGACCUGGAGGGCGAGAAGAUGCUGCUUUAUCUGGACACAGUGGUGCCGGAGGAGCUGCUGGGGCAGCUUCUUGAAAUGAUCCACUUGAUUCACCUACUCACCCACCCCACCCCACCCCAUCAGAUCCUGAUCCUGCACCACUUAGACACAGUGGUGCCGGAGGAGCUGACGGGGCAGCUUGUUGCAACGCAGACACUAACCCUCUGCACUCCCCCCUCUCCCUUCUUUGCCCCACACCCUCCCGCCCCCCAUCGCACCCUUCUCCACCCCCCGCCACCCCAUCAGAUCCUGCACUAUCUGGACACGGUGAUCCUGCACUACUUAGACACGGUGGUACCGGAGGAGUUGCUGGGGCAGCUGCUGGCGACGUGCUUCUCGUCGGCUGUGCUGCUGUUGGGUCGCGACCAGGGGGGGGCGAGAGGAGCCGGUUGCGGAGCAGAGGCAGCGCGUGGCGGGCAUGGUUUCCAGCAUGUGGCAGUGGCUGGACGAUCAGCGCUGGCAGUUGGCUCCGACGAACUAGUCGAAGACUUGGAGGUGCUGCUGAGGGCGUUCACGCGCAUGGAGGCCACAGCCAUGGUGGCGGCGUCACUGUGGAAGCGCCUGCAGGGGCUGCUCACGGCUGGUGGCCAAACUGCUGGACGGAGCAUCCGUUCUGAACCACAAAUCAUCUCCGCCCCCCUGGGCCCCUCCUCCCCCCUCUCUCCUUGCCAAAACCCUCCUUCCCCCUCCUUCUCUCCCCUCCUCCCCUCCGCUCUUCCCCUCCCCUCCUCCCCCCCCGUUUCCCUGCCAUCCACCACCCCACACUCCUUCCCCUCAUUCCAAUCUGCACUCCCCAAUCACAGGAGCCGACAGCCGAACGGACGAAUGGCGGGUCGUGGGUAG